CAGCAAUGGGCCCACAGUCUUGCGCCCCUUUUCCAAACUUCCAAUCCAGCCUUCGACGCACGAACAAAUUACACAAAGCUUGAAAUUGAGAAACCCUAAAUUCUCCAAUUUGGAUUCGGAUUACAUUCUCCAAGUCUGAUACGAUUAUUGUGAAUUAUUAUUUUAAUCUCAUGUAAAUAGGGUUUAAUGAGCGAGGAGUAUGCAUGUCGGUGGAAUUCCGGUGGAUCCUAAUUGGUUCCUUCGAUUUAUAUUUAGCAUCUUCUUCAUUGCUGCGGGAUUGCUGUACGUGGUCAAGAACACGGCGUCGAAGUACUUCGAAGUCGACGCCAGUUUCGAAGGCGCCGGUGGUACUGGCGGUGCACACAUUGCUGAUCGGAAUCGCACUGCGCCGGUGAGUUCAAUGGGGUCGCCGGAGGAGCUUUCUUCCUGCAAUAAUUGUGGCAAGUCUGGCGCCAAGAAGUGCUCCGGUUGCAAAUCAGUUCGAUACUGUUCGACUGAGUGCCAAAGUUCACAUUGGAAUUCCGGUCACAAGUUGAAAUGCAAAUCACUUAUAAGGAAACCCAGUACUGGCAAACGUUAUUCUGGAAUUGCAUUGGUUAUUAGUAGUGGGACUUGUAAGCGUUUUAAGAAGCCUGGGAAGGUACUUUUCCCAUAUGCGGAAUUUGUUAAACUAUACAAUUGGAACAGACCGUUUCCACCCUCUGGACUCCUAAAUUGUGGAAACAGUUGCUUUGCCAAUGUGGUUCUACAAUGUCUGACAUACACAAGGCCAUUGGUCGCUUACCUGUUGGAGAAAGGCCACCGCCGAGAGUGCAGGCGCGAAGGCUGGUGUUUUUUGUGCGUUUUUGAAUCUCAUGUUGAAAGAGCCAGCCAAAGUUCACAUCCCUUUUCUCCAAUUAACAUACUUUCCCGCUUGCCUAAGAUUGGUGGUAAUCUUGGCUAUGGGAGACAAGAAGAUGCCCAUGAGUUCAUGAGGUUUGCCAUUGACACAAUGCAAUCGGUGUGCCUUGAUGAAUUCGGUGGAGAAAAGGCAGUUGACCCGGCUUCUCAAGAAACGACUCUGGUUCAACAUAUAUUUGGCGGUCACCUGCAGUCUCAGGUUAUGUGUACCAAGUGCUGUAAUAUUUCAAACCAGUUUGAAAACAUGAUGGAUUUAACUGUUGAAAUCCAUGGAGAUGCCACUUCUUUGGAGGAGUGCCUUGAUCAAUUCACGGCAAAGGAAUGGCUUCAGGAUGACAACAUGUACAAAUGUGACAGUUGCAAUGACUAUGUCAACGCAUGGAAGCGCCUUACAAUUCGACGAGCUCCAAAUAUUCUUACUAUCGCUCUGAAAAGAUUUCAGAGUGGAAGAUUCGGGAAACUUAAUAAGAGGAUAAAAUUUCCCGCGACAUUAGAUCUUAGUCCCUACACGAGUGAAGGAGAUGGCAGUGACGUGUACAAGCUUUAUGCUGUUGUUGUGCACAUAGAUAUGCUAAAUGCAUCGUUUUUUGGCCAUUAUAUUUGCUAUAUCAAGGAUUUCCAAGGAGACUGGUUCAGAUUUGAUGACUGCAAGGUUACAAAUGUCGACUUGGCCGAGGUACUAUCACAAGGAGCAUACAUGCUUUUAUAUAGCAGAUUUUCUGCUCGACCGUCGUGUCUUAGAACUAGCACACCUUCGAAGGAUGAUCGGGCGCAAGCUGUUGGGAAACAAAUGGACUCUCGAGUGGUCGAAAAUGGUGAGAGUUGUGCACCAGUAAAGCUGGUGGGGAAUGAGCCUACCACUUCUGUAUCCCCUCAAUCCGAGAGAAGGGUCCAAGUUGUGAAUGGAGUUAAGGAGGAAGACAUUCCAAUUUUCCAUUCAAGCUCUCCACUUCCAGAAGCUAGGUUUUCCCACGAACCGAGAUCAUCUUCUGCAGAUGAUUUGGAAAUGGCUGGCUCUAUUGCCAUUAAGGAUGAACCAUCAUCUGCCUUCGAUAAUAUCCCUGCAGCAGCUGAAGAAGAUGCAAUGGACUCUGAUUCAUCUGUUCCCGUGGAAGGUUAUGGAAACCCUUCUACUACUGCCAUGGAACAAGGACAAGAUUCGAGUUGCGGAAUGGUCGUCGAUGUUGAGCCAACCACUUCUGUAUCCCCUCAAUCCGAGAGACGUGUCCAAGUUGUGAGUGGGGUUAAGGAGGAGGAAGAUAUUCCAAUCUUCCAUUCAAGCUCUCCACUUCCAGAAUCUCACGAACCGAGAUCAUCUUCUGCAGAUGACUUGGAAACGGCUGGCACUAUUGCCAUUAGAAAUGAAACAUCAUCUGCCUUCGAUAAUACCCCUGCAGCAGCUGAAGAAGAUGCAAUGGACUCUGAUUCAUCUGUUUCUGUGGAAGGUUUUGGAAACCCUUCUACUACUACUGCCAUGGAACAAGGAUCACAUGAUUCUAGUUGCGGAACGGUGGUUGAUGUUGAAGACGGCAUCAAACUUAACGGCGACUUGCAUCCACUCGCAGAAAGACAUCCUUGUCGGCAGCAACAUGAGUUCCAUGAUUUAGAUGACGACGAAAGGACUGGAACGACAAGAACAGCAGCAGCAGCAGCAGGGGUAACAAAGUGUUGUUGACGAUAUUAAGGGCGCGCCGCCGCGCGCAACUCUCUUACAAAUUUUGAUUGCUGUCCAUAUGAUUCUUAUGAUAUCUGCCAUCCUAACGAGAGAAAGUAGCAAAUAGAUGAGCACAGCUGGUAGAGAUGGGAGGAUUUUGAUUGCUGGGAUCUGGGAUUUCACUAUUUGCAGAGAAUCUCAGAUUCUACAUUUAGCGUAGCGUAGUAUGUUCGAGUUGGGGAGUUAGUUUUCCUGUUACCACACAAGAGCGCCCCGAUGUGAUUGCUCUCUCAGAUUAGGCCGUUGAGUAACUAGAUCAUGAUGAUGGCUUUCGACUCGCCCUGUCUCGUUACGUUCUUACUCUACGCAUUUCUCUUAUUUGGACUUCUCUUCAAUUAGGUUACGCUUUUGCCAUCAGAUCUUCCACCAGAGACUCCAUUAUUUUCACCGCCGUCGGCAAGCGGCUCGAGUUCCCCUGCAGGCAAUGUGGACGGGGAGCCAUCCGAGAUGAGUCGUCGGCGGCGGUCAUCACCAGGAAGAGAAAUAGGAGCCAUAUUGUAACUAACCUGUUUACCGCCAUGCCCAUGUUUGUAAUUUUUUU